GCAUAAGGAACUCUUUAUAGUCUAUGCGCGCGAGUCGGCCGCACGCGCGUUCAUCUGGCGACUUAAAAAAAAUCCUCGCGUUAUUUGAAUAUUUUACGAGUUUAUUUUACGUAGUUUGUGUUGACAAUGAGCUGGGAUCAAGAUCGCAAUCGGCCCUGUGACAAGCUCGAAAUUAAUGAAGCAGUCGGAAAACUUUUGGAAAGCUUCAACUAUGACAGCAUUGUGCCCCAACCGACGAGGGGUGGUGGCUGCAUGCGGCGGGCUCACGUCAAGAGGCCCAUGAACGCGUUCAUGGUGUUCGCCCAGGCGAUGCGCCGGCGCCUCUCAGAGCAGCGGCCUGCGCUACACAACGCAGAGCUCAGCAAAUCUUUAGGAUCCAUGUGGAAGAGUCUAAGUGAAGAGGAGAAGAAACCCUUCAUCAAUGAGGCAGAUAAGCUGCGAACGCAGCAUAAGAAGGAGUAUCCUGACUACAAAUAUCAGCCUCGGCGUCGCAAGCCUCAGCCGACGUCGGCGGUUCGGCCGAAGAGAGAGCCAUCCCCUGAGAGGGAUCAGAUCGACUUCGCUGGCAUGCCGGACAUCUCACCAGCGCUCCUGGCUGACGGCGCCCCUGACACGGCGGAGCUGGAGCAGUACCUGCCUCCAGGCUCCGUGCCCGACUAUCACGAGCUGCAGCCGCGGUACGCCGCCCACAGCCUGCACCAUCCCCCGCCGCCACUCUACGCCCCCGUGCCUCCUCGCCUCCACCCCGCGUGCGACUGGCAACAUUACGCACACCCUUAAAAUACAAAAAAAUUUAAACAUACGUGUCGUGAUUUUACAUGUUGCACAUUGGUGCCUCAAAGACAUUUAGUAAUAUCAAAUAACUUAUAAAAUAGGUCAACCAUUUGUAAAUAUAAUUGGGUAGACGUAGUGCUGCGCGAAACGACGCGCACGUGCGUUUAAUUUGUGUAAGCUGAAUAAAUAUUUAUUAGGUUAAAAACUUUAUGUAAAUUAUUAUUUUUGUUAACUAUCGUGCCAAAAUGUUUAAAUGUUGUCCACGUGGGUUUACUUUAUAAGUUUAAUAUGUAGUUGUACCAGACAAAUUAUUCCGUAACUUUCACAUUUUAAUCAGGGAGUGUCCACUCCUGAAUUAUUUCAGAACACAUAGGUAGAUACUAUGGUUACAAUAAAAAUAUGGGGUAAAAUAAAAGCAUCCUAUAAUUCAACUUGAUCACUUCUCUACUUACAUGGUAGGUACAUUAGUUUGGUACUUUACGAAAUUCCUCAAGUACCAAAGCUUAAGGUUAGUUAAGUGUAGUUAGGUUAAGUUAUACAUAGCUAGUGACUAUAAUUUCUGAUAAGUUAUUGUUGUGAUUAAUUAGUUUUAUUUCUUUUAAUAACAAUCAUGUUGUUCAUUAAAUAUAUUUUUCUAUGUUCUACACUA